UAUGUCAGAUGACUUUCUCGUUUAUUAUGCUUUGUACACCCUACCAUCAUCAUACGGACCGUUUAAAAUCUCUUACAACACACAUAAGGAAAAAUGGUCUAUAAAUGAUUUAAUGACCAUAUGUGUUCAAGAAGAAGGUAGAUUGAUGAUGGAAAUGGGUGAAAGUGCCAUGCUGGCUACGGCACGUGAGAAGUCUAAAUCUGGCAAAUCUCGAGGUUCCACUUCUAAGGCUAAGGGGAAAGGAAACAUUCUACCUCAAGCUGACAUAAAGAAGGUGCAUAAGUGUUUCUUCUGUAAAAAGAAGGGACACAUGAAGAAAGACUGCAUCAAGUAUAAGAAGUGGGUCGAGAAGAAAGGGAAUGCAAAAUCUGAGGAAGCCGGUGGGAAAUGAACGGACCAUCUUAUCAGGAAACAAGAUGGGAUCACAAGUGGAAGCUAUUGGAACAUGCAAACUUGUUUUAAGUAGUGGUUUUGUUUUGUUUUUGGAAAAGACAUUUUAUGUACCAAGUUUCUCUCGAAACUUGGUUUCAGUUUCGAGACUUGUACCAAUGGGGUUUUCCUUUAAUUUUCAAGACAAGCGUUUUGAUAUUUUUAA